GCGGUGCAUCAGAGCCUGACCUGUAGUGCCCCCAGAACCAGCCUGGAUGAGCGGAGCUGACAUCAUGCUGAAAAAGAUGCUGCUGCUGCUAGCUCUGACAGAAAGAAUCCACUGCUUCAUCUGAUGUCCCACGUGGACAGGAUACUGGCAUUAUGAGAAGUGGAGACUUGUGUGGGAGUCUUAUCAUCCAGGCUCUUCCAAGAGUAGGCUGUGGACUGUGAACACUGAGGCAGUUCCUCCCAAACACUAAAAGCCGCCACAGCCUCCUGCUUCUGGCUCACCUAGCCCUGCCUGUUGUGGGAGAGCUGGAGGGACCUGUCUGGCUUGGUGAAGGAACUGCAUAAGUGGACCAGGGGCCAGCCCAAGGCCUGAAUGUGGAUCUGAGGGCCCAGCCGGCUGAGCCCUAGUCCAAGAUGUGGAGACCGGCAGUUGGAGAAGGUAGGUGGCUGUCCAAGGGUCCCACGGCAGGUUGGUGGGUGAGUCAGGGCUAGAUCCACUGCUACGGGUGCACCUCCUAUCCCACGGCGGCUGCCCAUCUGUGCAAAGGCACUCCAAGGCGUGACACAAAUCACCAGCCAUGAACUACGUGGGGCAGCUGGCAGAGACAGUGUUUGGGACGGUGAAGGAGCUGUACCGGGGCCUGAACCCAGCCACGCUAAGCGGCGGCAUUGAUGUGCUGGUGGUGAAGCAGGUGGACGGCUCGUUCCGAUGCUCUCCCUUCCACGUGCGUUUUGGCAAGCUGGGCGUCCUGCGGUCGCGGGAGAAGGUGGUGGACAUCGAGAUCAAUGGGGAGCCAGUGGACUUGCACAUGAAGCUGGGGGACAAUGGGGAGGCCUUCUUUGUGCAGGAGCUGGAGAGCGAUGAGGAGCCCAUGCCUCCCCGCCUGUGCACCUCACCCAUCCCUUGGGGGGGCCUGUCUGGUUUCCCCUCGGACUCCCCGCUGGGCACAGCCAGUGAGCCUGAGGGCCUCAUCCUCCCAAACAUGGCCUCUGUGGGGCGGAGGAAGAGGCGUCGCAGGAGGAAACCCAGGCGGAAGGAGGAUGCCGUGGUGACUGAUUCCAGUUCCGAGGAUCUGGAGGCAGGCGCUGAGAGUGACCUGUCCCUGCAAGAGAAGCUGAGGCCAGAGCCCCCAGGCAGUGUCCAGUCAAAAGGGAAGUCCUCACCGCAGCUCAAAGACAUCUUCCCCUACUCUGAUGGCGAGUGGUCUCCCCAGGCCAGCCUCUUGUUGAAUCGGUUGACAUCCCCUAAGAGUGACUCAGAGCUGGAGCUGCGGGCCCCAGAGCCCGGUCCCCUGCGAGCUGAGUCCCACAUGCAGUGGGCCUGGGGGAGGCUGCCUAAGGUUUGGCCACUGAAGGCGGCCAAAGCUGAGCAGCCCAAGCCCUCCAUGGUCCCUGAAGGCAGCGCCGGGGCAACCACCUCUCCUCUUCAGGAAGGGCCCAGCACCACCUCCUCCUCCGUGGCUGGUGUGGACCCUUUGGGACCCCCAAUCCUGCAGAUGGGGUCUUGCACUGACCUGCUUCAGCCUGGUACAGAGGAUUCCAUUCUGGUGGGUCCCCUACUGCCUACUCUAGAGAGAGAGGAAAGCAAGACCCAGCACUCGGGGGAUGCAGGCCUCCCUCCUGCCUCUAAAUCAUGGAGUUGGGCCACUCUGGAGGGCCCCACACCCACCGGGCAGCCAGAGGGGGCCCCCAAGGGGAAAGGCUCCCUGAAGAGAAGCCAGCACCUGGGCCCCAGUGACAUCUACCUGGAUGACUUGCCCUCCCUGGACUCUGAGAAUGCAGCCCUUUACUUCCCCCAGAGUGACUGUGGGUUGGGGGCCAGGAGGUGGAGUGAACCCAGCAGCCAGAAGCCCCUGGGGGACCCCAGCCUUGAACACGUGCAAGAACCCACUCCAGACACAGUGGAUACGAUAGCGCUGUCCCUCUGUGGCGGACUUUCUGACAGCUGGGACAUUUCCCUGGACAAAUUCAACCAGCACAUCAUCUCCUAUCAGGACCUCACCCAAAACCCUGGUCUCCUGGAUGACCCGAACCUAGUGGUGAAAAUCAAUGACAAGCACUAUAACUGGGCUGUGGCUGCCCCCAUGAUCCUCUCCCUGCAAGCCUUCCAGAGAAACUUGCCCAAGAGCACCGUGGACAAGCUGGAGAAGGAGAAGAUGCCGAGGAAGGGUGGGCGAUGGUGGUUUUCCUGGCGACGCAGGGACUUCCCAGCCGAGGAGCGCAGUGCCCAGAGGGAGAAAACCGAAGCCAGGGAGCAGCAGGGGGAGAAGAUAGAAGUCCUGAGCAGCGAUGACGAUGCCCCAGACAGCCCUGUGAUCCUUGAGGUCCCCUCCCCACCCCCCUCGAUCCCGGCCUAUACUCCUACCUACAAGAAGUCCCUCCGCCUCUCCUCCGAUCAGAUCCGGCACCUGAACCUGCAAGAAGGUGCCAAUGACGUGGUCUUCAGUGUGACCACCCAGUACCAGGGCACCUGCCGCUGCAAAGCCACCAUCUACCUGUGGAAGUGGGACGACAAGGUGGUCAUCUCUGACAUCGACGGCACCAUCACCAAGUCGGAUGCUCUGGGUCACAUUCUGCCCCAGCUGGGGAAAGACUGGACGCACCAGGGCAUCACCAGUCUCUACCACAAAAUCCACCUAAACGGGUACAAAUUCUUGUACUGCUCAGCACGGGCCAUUGGCAUGGCUGACCUCACCAAGGGGUACCUGCAGUGGGUGAGCGAGCGGGGCUGUGGCCUCCCCAAGGGCCCCAUCCUGCUGUCUCCCAGCAGCCUCUUCUCCGCCCUCCACAGAGAGGUGAUUGAGAAGAAGCCAGAGGUGUUCAAGAUUGCCUGCCUGAGUGACAUCCAGCAGCUGUUCCUGCCCCACAGACAGCCCUUUUAUGCUGCCUUUGGGAACAGGCCCAACGACGUCUUCGCCUACCAACAAGUGAGCCUGCCUGCAUCUCACAUCUUCACAGUCAACCCCCGGGGAGAGCUCAUCCAAGAGCUCAUGAAGAACCACAAGUCCACGUACGAGCGGCUCGGUGAAGUGGUUGAGCUCCUCUUCCCACCUGUGGCCCGUGGCCCCAGCACAGACCUGGCCAACCCUGAAUACAGCAACUUCUGCUACUGGCGGGAGCCACUGCCCGCUGUGGACCUUGACGCCCUGGCCUGAACCCACCCUGGCUGUCCCCCUCCCUGGCCUGGCCCGGGACUGACUGGGGCACUGGGGUUGACCGGGGCAUAGGAGGUUGGAAGAGAGGUGCCACAGGAGCCAACCCACUGGAGGGGAGGAGGGCGCUGCAGGUGGAUUGGCACCCGAGAUGCUCCCUCCUCCCUGUCCUGUCUCUGCCUCUGCUAGCUGAGUGGCAGGCGGUAGGGCAGCUGCUCCAGGCCUCAGCAUGGCUCUGGCCUGUGGGGAUUAAAUGUCUGUCAUCUGGACCCUUGCAGGGUUCUCUAUGCCCUUGACAUCCCUGUCCCUGUCACCCUGGGACCUUGCCUCAACUCCUGAUAGGACAGAGAGGAGGGAGGCCCCACUGAGGCUGGAGCCCGUAUGCGCAGGGGAGGGUCAGCGGAGGCAGUGGGGGGCAGCUGUGUAGCAUCCAGAAGGAGCACGGUGCUCCCCACCCCCAGCUCCUGCUCACUCCGAUAACCAGACUCUUAGUAGCCCUGGCCCCUCCCAUGACCUCAUGUCAGGCCUCACUGCUUCCCCUCGCUGGUGUCCUGGUGUCUCAGCCCCAAGCUUGGAUGCUCCAGGGCCCCUCCAACAUCAGGGAAGGGAAAUUUGGGGGCACAUAAGGACUGAGGAAGUGUGGCUGUCCUUGGCUGAGCCCCCACCUACUACUUCCCCCUGCUGCUCUCAGCAUCUUCCCUGGCUGGCCUGACUGCCCUCCCUACCUCGGCUGGCCAGGCCAGUGCUCACAGCUGCUGUGGGAGGCAGGGCUGGCACCUGCAGCAGCCUUUCUCCCGCUGUCUUUGGUAAAGAAAGUAUCUUUAGACUGGCUAAAAGCUUUAAUCCAAAACCUGCCCUCCUCCGACAGUACCAAAGUGGAGGACAGAAUAUUAAAUGUCCAGAAAUCAGAUGGAAGGGCUGUGGGGACCUGCAGAACAGCACAGGAGGACCUAUGCUGCUGUGGGGGAAACUGAGGCCAGGAGGCUCAGCAGAGAUGAGUGUCAGUCUCUGGCAUUGCACAGGCCUGAGGAACACUGGCAUUUUCAAAUUGUCCCUUGAUGGUUUCAUUCCUGAAUGUCUCACACUACGAACAUCCUGGCAGGGCUGGGGCUUUGGAAGGGUGUAAAAGCAAGGCCUGGGCCCCUCUUCCUCCAGCUGUGGCCUCCUUCUCGGGGUCUGGCCUCAUUCGAAUCUCGAUAUGCACUGGGGCUACUCUCUGCAGAGAGGCCCUAACCUGAGGCAGGGGAGAGAUUUCCCCCACAAUGGAAAAAAGGAGCAUGUGGGCACCAGAGUGCCCUGAAACCAUCUUUGGAGAUGGAAAGGAAAAGGAUAAAUUGGGGUGGGGUCUCCAAACAGAUUGUCUGGAUCCAAUUCUUUCCCCUGGAUUCUACAGCUGCCUAAGCCCUCACCUUGAGGGAGGAAUG